UUCCUCUUUUGACAAAUCAGUCGAGAGGGGGGAGAAGACGGUCGAUAAAGUCAAUCUGCUUGGUUGGCUUCGUGCUUGGGCCUGCGAAGAGGAGUGAGCCUGAGCCAGCCGCCUCCUCCUCCUCCUUCGACGAGGGGAGGGAAUUAGGCUAGCAAGGGGGAAGGGGAAGCGAGGAUGAGCGGAGGAGGCAUGGACGGGGCUCCGGCCGCCGAAUUCCGGCCGACGGUGACGCACGGCGGCCGGUUCCUCCAGUACAACAUCUUCGGCAACCUGUUCGAGAUCACCAGCAAGUACCAGCCGCCCAUCAUGCCCAUCGGCCGCGGCGCCUACGGGAUCGUCUGCUCGGUGAUGAACUUCGAGACGAGGGAGAUGGUGGCCAUCAAGAAGAUCGCCAACGCCUUCGACAACCACAUGGACGCCAAGCGCACGCUCCGGGAGAUCAAGCUGCUCAGGCACCUCGAGCACGAGAACAUCGUUGGCAUCAGGGACGUGAUCCCGCCGCCGAUCCCGCAGGCGUUCAACGACGUGUACAUCGGCACGGAGCUCAUGGACACGGACCUCCACCACAUCAUCCGCUCCAACCAGGAGCUCUCGGAGGAGCACUGCCAGUACUUCCUGUACCAGAUCCUGCGCGGGCUCAAGUACAUCCACUCGGCGAACGUGAUCCACCGGGACCUGAAGCCCAGCAACCUGCUGCUGAACGCCAACUGCGACCUCAAGAUCUGCGACUUCGGGCUGGCGCGCCCCUCGUCGGAGAGCGACAUGAUGACGGAGUACGUGGUGACGCGGUGGUACCGCGCGCCCGAGCUGCUGCUCAACUCCACCGACUACUCCGCCGCCAUCGACGUCUGGUCCGUCGGCUGCAUCUUCAUGGAGCUCAUCAACCGCCAGCCCCUCUUCCCCGGCCGCGACCACAUGCACCAGAUGCGCCUCAUCACCGAGGUAAUUACCCUGCCCUCGCCGACCCCGCACGCACCGAUCACUUGUUCUUGGGUUGCGCGACGCCAUUCCCCCGACACUGAUCGUCGUCGUCGUCGGCAGGUGAUCGGGACGCCGACGGACGAGGAGCUGGGGUUCAUCCGGAACGAGGACGCGCGCAAGUACAUGCGGCACCUGCCGCAGUUCCCGCGGCGGCCGUUCGCGACCAUGUUCCCGAGGGUGCAGCCCGUGGCGCUGGACCUCAUCGAGCGCAUGCUCACCUUCAACCCGCUGCAGAGGAUCACAGUUGAAGAGGCGCUGGACCACCCGUACCUGGAGCGACUACACGACAUCGCUGACGAGCCCAUCUGCACGGAGCCCUUCUCGUUCGACUUCGAGCAGCAGGCUCUGACCGAGGACCAAAUGAAGCAGCUAAUCUUCAACGAGGCCAUCGAGAUGAACCCGAAUUUCCGAUACUAGAUUCCGUCUACUUAUGCAUGUCGUUUGUAAAUAGGCGUACGAUUGAAGAGCCGGCUAGACUGAACAUUGCAUUUGUUUGUUUGAUGAGAUGUUCGAGCCCACCAUCCUGUUAGUGUAAGGCUGUGCAAGCUGUUCCUGCGGGUUUCAGGCGUUGUUGUAAUCGACUGUACCAAGAAUAAAAGGUUUGGAGCAUGGUUUUCGAGCAUUUCGUA